CGCACAUAUAUAUAUAAUUUUGGAUCACUGGUCCUUCAUUAUAGAUAUUGUUGCCAGGCAACUGCAAAUUGCAAAUACAAUUGAAGAAUAUAACAAUGGAUCAGAACUCAAAGAAGUUGCUGUUGUCUGCCACCCCCGCCGCCGGGAGCUCUAACAAGAUCAGAGAUAUCGUCAGGCUCCGACAGCUCCUCAAGAAGUGGAAGAAGCUCGCCGCCACCAACAGCGCCGCCGCCAACGGCACCACCACCGCCGAUACCACCACCAAAACCGGCACCGGCACCGGCAAGAGCAUCAACAAGUUCCUGAAGAGAACCCUGUCCUUCACCGACGUCUCUGCGGCGGCCGGCGACGCGGCGGCGGUCCCGAAGGGGUGCCUGGCGGUGCAGUGCGUGGAGAAGUCCGGCGAGGUGAAGCGAUUCGUAAUCCCGACGGAGUAUCUCGCACACGACCUGUUCGGCGUUUUGCUCAGGGAGGCGGAGGAAGAGUUCGGGUUCCAGCAAGAAGGGAUCCUCAAGAUCCCCUGCGAAUUCGCCGUUUUCGAGAAAAUCCUCAAGGCGGUGCAGCAACAAGACGGCAAGAGGCCUCCGGUGCCGGCGCCGCCGCGCAGCCAACAACCCAUCUUCCAGCUUCACGAUUUGGGUGAGUUAGCGAACACCAACACCACCAGCUGCUAUUCCCCAGACGCCGGCCAUGCCCAUCAUCCGGCCGCCGGAAUUCCUCCUCAAACUCAAAUGUGCAGAUAAUUAAUCAAUUCAAUAAACCACAAAUUCAAAAGCUGCACCAUUUUUACUUUCAAAUUGAAAAGUUUUUUUAUUUUUAUUUUUAUUUUUGUUUUCCUUUCUUUGAAUGCACACAGAUCAGAGCCUCUACAACAUAGGCAACAUAACAUAUAGUAAGUAGUACAUGGUGUUACAUAGUAGCUAGCUACCUGGUACUACUAUACUACUUGUAUAACUUUAAACCUUCCUCAAACUAUAAACAAUAUUUUGCUGGUCA